AGAGAAUAACCAGAGUGACACGUUGCAAGUUCGACAUAAUCAAGGAGAACUUUUCUAGGUGGUGGUCUCUGAAAUUGCUCAGGGUGGAUAAUGAUAAUAAUAAAACCAUACGGUCUACCUUGUCAAUGUUCAAGACUGCAAUGGACAGUGAAAGAGGUUUGGUGUCUGUGAGAAUAACCACGAGAGACAGGGGAAAGAGCUGUGCAAAAGUGAGCACUCCUAAUUAACCUGAUUUUUUGGUGAUAAUCACACACAAUGGAAUCAAAUAAAAAAUCCGGGGAUGGAUUGACCGGCACGCAGAAAGAAGCUGCCCUACGCACUUUAAUUCAGCGCACGGGAUAUAGUUUGAUUCAGGAAAACGGUCAACGAAAGUAUGGAGGGCCACCACCAGAUUGGGAUGGACCACCACCAGAACGAGGCUGUGAGAUUUUCAUUGGAAAACUUCCGCGAGAUCUCUUUGAAGAUGAACUUAUACCAUUAUGUGAAAAAAUUGGUAAAAUCUACGAGAUGAGGAUGAUGAUGGAUUUCAGUGGAAAUAACAGGGGAUAUGCUUUUGUAACGUUCUGCAACAAACAAGAGGCAAAGAAUGCAAUCAGGCAGCUGAACAAUUAUGAAAUUCGGGAUGGUCGGUUACUCGGGGUUUGUGCCAGUGUGGACAACUGCCGCUUAUUUGUAGGAGGCAUUCCGAAAGCCAAGAAAAGGGAAGAAAUUUUAACCGAGAUGCGGAAAGUGACAGAAGGUGUAGUUGAUGUCAUUGUGUACCCUAGCGCAGCUGAUAAAGCAAAAAACCGAGGGUUUGCUUUUGUGGAAUACGGAAGCCAUCGAGCAGCAGCUAUGGCAAGACGAAAACUGCUACCAGGACGGAUACAACUAUGGGGACAUCCAAUUGCUGUAGAUUGGGCAGAACCAGAAGUUGAGGUUGAUGAAGAUACAAUGUCAUCAGUUAAAAUCCUCUAUGUGCGAAAUCUUAUGUUAUCUACUACUGAAGAAACAAUUGAAAAAGAAUUCAACAACAUUAAGCCAGGUUCAGUGGAACGUGUGAAGAAAAUUAGAGACUACGCAUUCGUGCACUUUAAUAACCGAGAAGAUGCUGUGGAAGCCAUGAAAGUCUUAAAUGGGAAGGUGUUGGAUGGCUCUCCCAUUGAAGUCACAUUAGCAAAGCCAGUUGACAAAGACAGUUAUGUUAGAUACACCAGAGGUACAGGAGGACGAGGAACAGCAUUGCCAGAAUUUACCUACACAUUUGGCCAUGUCUAUGAUCCUGCCACAGCUUACCUAGGAGCUCCAGUUUUCUAUGCACCACAAGCCUAUGCUGCUAUUCCCAACCUUCAUUUUCCUGCUACUAAAGGCCACCUCACCAACAGAGGCAUUAUUAGGCCUUCCUCCAUUAGAGAAAUUUACAUGAAUGUACCUGUAGGGGCUGCUGGAAUUAGAGGACUAGGCGGUCGAGGCUACUUGGCUAACCCUGCCCUGGGUCGUGGAUACCAGCUUAAAGGAGAAAAAAGAGGGGAGGACAAACUCUACGACCUUUUGCCCGGAAUGGAGCUUACUCCAAUGAAUCACAUCAGUUUAAAGCCAGAAGGAAUUAAACUUGCUCCACAGAUAUUAGAAGAGAUUUGCCAGAAGAAUAACUGGGGACAACCUGUUUACCAACUUUAUUCUGCCAUUGGACAAGACCAAAGACAACUCUUCUUAUAUAAAAUCACUAUUCCUGCCCUUGCCACUCAGAAUCCUACAAUGCACCCCUUCACACCACCAAAGCUAAGUGCCUACGUAGAUGAAGCCAAAACAUAUGCAGCAGAAUAUACUCUUCAGACCUUGGGGAUUCCCACUGAAGGAGCAGAAACCUCUGCCGCUAAUGUACCGUUUCCUGGAUACAUUGCUAAUGCAGCUGCCACUGUAGCAGCUACUCAGCUUAAACAAGCAGUGACUCUAGGACAAGAUUUGGCAACCUACACAGCCUAUGAAGCUUAUCCAGCAUUUGCAGUAGCUACUCGUAGUGACGGUUAUGGAGCCUUUUAAAAUACAUACAUACAUACAUACAUACAUACAUACAUACAUACAUACCUCCAGCUUUAUUUAAAUAACUCUUUUUCACUUAUCAAGCUGUGACAGGAGUAGGAGCUAUUCCAGCUUAACUGUUAAUCACCUUUAAUUAUUCUCAAUUAAUAAUAAGGCAUAAUUUGAUAUGGCAAGAAUUCUUUGCUUUUAGCUUAGCAAUUUAAAUAAUGGUCAAUCGUGGUAGACCCAGAUGUAUUUUUAAAAAGCCUUUAACGUGGGGAAGAAAUCGUCAUAACUAGAAAGGAAAUAAAACUUUUUCAUAUAUAUGAUCCUUGAUGGCAAUUUUCAACAGUACUACUUUCAACAGUACUCUUAGUAGUGUAAAGACCUUUGAAGGUAUGAAGCUAUUGCAUUUCUGAUGUUCUUGUCGCAAAACAUUUUGUACAGCUACAAAAUCUGAGUAGUGUGAUUGUCACACUCCUAGGAGCAUAUGGUAGAAAAUGUGUGAAUGCAUUGACAGUAUUGCUGCCAGUGUUAAGAAGAUCUUAGGCAAGAUACCCUCUGUGGUGGGGGUGGGGGUACACAAACACACUUGCAGAGACUCUACUCUAAUUGUUUCCUUCAAUUCUCUCUUCCUAGCACCAUUUUUCUCUUCUUAGUAUAGUCUAUGUGCAUACGCACUGUGCCUGGGCAUUUGUAUCAAUUAAAAAAUGAAAACAGCUCCUGUUUUGGGGGCAUCAUAACUGCAAAUAUAACAAGUAGGAAAUUAAGUUUUACAUUGCUAAGGAACUUAUGAAAAUAAGAGGGUCUUUGAAGAUGCUCUUUUUACUGAAAGAGCACCCCUUGGAAAGAAUGAAUUCCUUUUCCACAUGGUGCAAUUUUCCCUGUGCCUAUUAUUUUUAAAGAAGUAUAUUAUAUGCAAAAACACAGUUAAGGUCACUCAAAGUUUGACUCUUAGCAGUUAUUCUGGGUUCUAUUUAUAAAACUACAGUUGUAGCCAUCUCCACUGGUCACAGCCAAUAACAAAAUCUAGAAUACAGUCCGAUACAUAUCUCUGCAGAUAUUCAUCCUACUGAAUUCAAAAAAUCUUGCUCUCUAUAUUUAUCAGUGUAUGCUUCAACCCAUUGAAAUUAAUGUUUUUAUGUGCAAUUAACUUUGUGUUGGGUUGGUACCACUACUGAUUAGCAAACUAAGAUGCAGUCCUAUAGCUUCUCAUCUAGAAUAAGCCUAGCUGAAUUCAUUGGGAUCUACUUCUGAGCAGACAUAUAUAGGAACGAACUGUAACUGAAAGGUUUCCAAGAUAUAGUAAAAAAAAAAAAUAAUACUGCCAUUACAAUGUACAGUAUAGCUUUCUGUUUGACUUUUGAGACAUUCUGUUUCUUUUUUUAAAAUUAAAAGUAGUAUUUCUGCCAUGGUGUUAGGAGAAAAAAGCAGAGCUUAAAAUAUGAGAACAGUAUCUGAAGACAAAUUAAUUCUCAGAACUCAUUAAUAUUUUUUUGGACUAAAUCAUUGCUUUGGAAUAAUAGUUUGAAAUAUCCAAGGAAGUCACACAACCUAAGCCAGUGCAUCUUUAUUCAGGAGCAAACUCAUAUAAAGGAAUGUACAUCAAAUUGCAGUUUAGGCUGUUAUUGCAAAUUAUCCUUUAGCUGAAUUUUGGAGUAUGUGUUUACUUUUAAUAUUUUAGUAAACUAGAUGAAAAUAUUUCAUAGACUAUUUCUGAUAUAAAAUAGUUCUAUUUUCAUUUAGCAAGUUCAUCUACAUAGAGAUUUCAAGGAAGGUAAAAAUAAAAAUUACUGUAUCCCUCAGAGAAAAUCAAAGCAGGUCUGAUAGAAUGCCAAUAUGCUUGAAGUUAAGGUUGAAUUCUGAUAGCAUAGCAUAGGUGUUAUAUCAGAAAUAUGAAUCAUACACACAACCCACUUUUUCCAAAUUUAACAUCUAGUUUGGCUCCUUUUUUUUUUUUUUUUGGUUCAUAAAAUACAUUUAU